AUGACGGCGCGGUGCGCCACUUCGGGCAGUUUCGCAGUAUUGCAUGGAACGUUCGCUCAUCCGCAGCAGACAGUUCGUAUGUCUUCCAUCGUCACCCAUACCAGCCUAAAACCGAAACGAUUUCUGACAGCGGAUGCGCUUGCAAGUGCGUCGACCUCGUCGGGUCAAAGGACACUCUCCAGCUCAAAGACGAACUCUAGACCACGCGACACUUCAGCCUCAACAGCCAGGAAUGAUAAAACCGCCAGCCCGUCACACAAAGGCAAGGCAAGGGACAUGGGUAACGUCGAUUUAAUUGGGAAGGCAAAAGGCAAGUCCUUCAAGUCGAGAGCGCGUACUGGGUCAAAUAUGACUACGGGCAACUUCACCGCCGCUGCUGAGUCGAAUGACCACCACGAGGCAGCAAGCAAGGACCAGCCUAUACAGGCUUCUAUCGAGUCAGAUACUCUAAAAGAGUCGGGCCGGACAACGUCCCUCGAGGAGGAAAUACCAAGGCAAGACGAGCUAGCGCUGGCGCAAGAGCAGCUACGAAAGCUCUUCUCAUCGCGAGUCAAAGUCACAGGGAACCUAGGGGUCACGUCGCCAUCCGACGAGAUCGCGAAGAGUUCCGAUCCUCUAGCCCCAUCAUCGCAUGUGGGCCAGGACGAAGAAGCCACAUCUUCGCAAUGGGGAAGCCCUCUCCCAUCUUCUAGCUUCACACGGCCAACCCUGGCUCAGCUGCAAGAUGCGGAACUGGAUCAAUUCGCCGCAAUGUACACAUCGAAGACUGCCUGGGAUCCGAGGAAGGACUACACGCUAAUGCAAGACGGCCCAGAGCGUGAGUCUUACCUUAGGAGAACGCUCGAGCUGGGCGAACGCCGAUACAUCGUCCUCAUUCUGGAUGGUGACAAUCUACUGUUUCACCCUCGACACCUCAACCAAGGGUAUGAAGGAGGCAAGUUCGUCUACGAGGAACUCCGACAACGCAUCGCCAAGAAGCACCAAAUCAGACCACAGAGGCUUGAUUUACGCAUCCGUCUCUUUGCAUCGAUUCCUGCCUUGGCCAACUCUCUCCUUGCGAGGAGAGUGGUUCCCAAAGAUAUGUUCUUCGACUUCUUACAGGCGCUCACGGAUGCUAGUGUGCACAACUACUUUGUCAAUGUCGGUAAGGCGGAUCAAGCGGCUGACAUGCGGGUCAAGGCUGCUCUGGCGGAUGCGGUCCAGGAUCCGGGCUGCUUCCGUGCUUAUUUGGGAGGACUGGAUGAUUUCGGCUACAAAGAGGAACUCAGUGCAAUCCACGAAAUGGGGCUCCUCGAUAAGAAAGUUCAUCUGGUUCAGGUGCCGGGCUUUGCCGUCGAAUCCAGAGCCUACCAGGCUUAUGCCCAUCGGGCGAUUGAUCUCGAUUAUCUCUUCAAGAAUAAUAAUGCCGCGAUGCGGGAUGUGGACAACUAUAAUCGCGAAGCUUUUGAGACCGCCGGCGAAGAAGGGAAGUCGACGAAAUCGACUCCCUGCCUGUUCCAUCACUUCUCCAAGAAAGGCUGCAUGCAGCAUGACACCUGCACCUACUCGCACGAACCCAUCUCCGCCGAACGCAAGGAGGAGAUCAGAUCCCGCCUCAAGAGACGCCGAUGCCCAGCUGUGCUCCGUGGCGAGGAAUGUCAGUACGGAGACGACUGCUUUUUCGCGCGACAUAGCUUAUACCACGAGAACACGACCCAUUCAUACCAGGCUUCCUCCGUUAAGAUGGUUCAGAAGAAAGAAGACAAGUUCCCACGCAGUGACACCGUCCAGGGUCCUGACAUUGACAUCGAGGAUGCACUUGGAGCAUCAUGGCAACACCACUACACCAGUGUCACGCGCGCCCUCGGCGUCGAGGAUCCUGAACACGGUCUCAACAAGAAGGACAUCGAGUCGCGACGUCAAGAGUACGGUCAAAACCAACUCGAAGGGGGCGACGAAAUCAGCAUCUGGAAGAUUAUGCUUCACCAGAUCGCCAACGCCAUGACACUGGUUCUCAUCCUUGCCAUGGGUGUCUCGCUCGGCAUCGGCUCGUGGAUCGAAGGUGGCGUGCUUGCCGGUGUGGUCGCCAUCAACAUCGUCGUCGGCUUCUUCCAGGAGCUUUCGGCUGAAAAGACCAUGAACGCACUCCGCAACCUCGCUUCUCCCACGGCUCGCGUCAUCCGAAAUGGUGACGGCGAGACCAUUUCGGCUAACGAGGUGGUUCCAGGAGACAUUAUCGAGCUCACCACCGGCGACACUGUUCCGGCCGACUGCCGCCUGAUCGACUCGAUGAACUUUGAGACCGACGAGGCCUUGCUCACGGGAGAAUCUCUUCCCGUGGCCAAGGACCACACGCAGAUCUACUCUGCCGGCGACGAUGUCGGUGUCGGCGACCGUCUCAACAUGGCUUUUACCUCUUCCACCGUCUCAAAGGGGCGCGCUACUGGCGUAGUCGUCGGAACAGGAAUGAACACCGAAAUCGGCAAGAUCGCAGACGCUCUGCGCGGCGCUGCCAAGGCGCAAAAGAUUCGCGACGUCAAGCGCAACGCUUACGGCAAGGCCCUCCCCCACCACUACGUCCAGGCCGGUGCCCUUACCGUCUGGGACCACAUCAAUAACUUUCUCGGCACCAACAAGGGUACGCCGUUGCAACGCCGUCUCUCGCAACUGGCAGUAGCACUCUUUUUCGUUGCCGUUCUGUUCGCGGUGAUCGUCUUCCUGUCUAACAACUGGACCGACAACGAAGUCAUCAUCUACGCCGUCGCAACUGGUGUCUCUAUGAUUCCUGCAUCGCUCACCGCCGUUCUGACCAUCACGAUGGCCAUGGGCAGCAAAGCCAUGGUCAAGAAGAACGUCAUUGUACGAAAGCUCGAGUCGCUCGAGGCGCUUGGAUCGAUCAACGAUAUCUGCUCGGACAAGACCGGUACGCUUACUCAAGGCAAGAUGGUCGUCCGCAAGGCUUGGGUCCCCGCUUCGGGCACCUACAGCGUUUCCGAGACCAACGAGCCUUUCAACCCGACUCUCGGAGAGGUCUCUGUCAACGAUAUUGAGCCUCGCAAUGACAAGGCCGGAAGCCAAUCCAGCGAAGGAGAGGUUGUCGCCCGCUCCGGAAAGUCGGACAAGGUCAAGGGCAACGACCGAUUCGAGGAUUUCAUGAACGUCGCGUCGCUCUGCAACCUUGCCACCGUCUUCAAGGACAAGGAGACCCACGCAUGGACGGCUCACGGUGAUCCAACCGAGUGCGCUAUCCAGACUUUCGUCACACGUUUCGCCUGGGGCCGGCUCAAGCUCACCAAAGGAGCCGAUGCAGACAAGGAAGUCACCGAAAAAGAUCGUACCGCCGCGAAGUGGACUCAGAUCACCGAAUAUCCCUUCGACAGCUCUGUCAAACGUAUGGCCGUCACGUACACCAACAACCAGGCUCGCGAGAGCUACGCCAUGAUGAAGGGUGCCGUCGAGCGAGUCCUCGAUGCCUGCACUUCCGCGCAAACCUCCGAGGGCAAGAUCGACUUUGACGAGAAGUUCGAAAAGCGCGUACUCGAAAACAUGGAGGCGCUCGCUAGUCAGGGUCUUCGAGUCCUGGCUCUCGCUCACCGCAAGCUUACCGAAGCAGAGAAGGACCUCGACGAGGAGCUCGAACGCUCGGACGUCGAGUCCAACAUGACCUUCCUCGGUCUUGUUGGCCUGUACGACCCGCCCCGUCCCGAGACAGCCGGCGCUGUCCGCAAGUGCAAGGAAGCCGGCAUCACCGUCCGCAUGCUUACCGGUGAUCACCCAGGCACCGCCAAGGCUAUCGCCCUCGACGUUGGUAUUGUCCCCCGCAACACCACUAGGUACUCCAAGGCAGAGAUGGACAGCAUGGUCAUGACUGCAGCCCAGUUCGACAAGCUCUCUGAAGACGAGAUCGAUGCACUUCCGCAAUUGCCUCUUGUUAUCGCCCGAUGUGCACCUCAAACCAAGGUCCGCAUGAUCGAGGCACUCCACCGUCGAGGCAAGUUCUGCGCCAUGACCGGCGACGGUGUCAACGACUCUCCCUCGCUCAAGAUGUCCGACGUCGGUAUCGCCAUGGGUAUGAACGGUUCUGAUGUUGCCAAGGAUGCGUCCGACAUCGUACUCGUAGACGACAAUUUUGCCUCCAUCGGCAACGCCAUCGAAGAAGGUCGACGCAUGGCCGACAACAUCUCGAAGUUCGUCUGCCAUCUCUUGGCGCAGAACGUAGCACAGGCUUCCGUGUUGCUCAUCGGUUUGGCUUUCAAGGACGAAACUGGUCUUUCGGUAUUCCCACUCUCGCCCGUCGAGAUUCUCUACAUCAUCAUGGUUACUUCUGGUCUCCCCGCUAUGGGUCUCGGAAUGGAAAAGGCUUCGCUGGACGUCAUGAAGAGAAAGCCUCGUUCCAACAAGUGGGGCAUCUUCAGCCCGGAGAUGCUCGUCGAUCUGAUGGUGUACGGCCUGUUCAUGGCUCUUCUCUGUCUGGCGACCUUCACGCUGGUCGAGUUCGGCUGGGGCAACGGAGAGCUUGGCAUCAACUGCAACUCCGAUUACACGGCCACUUGCGAUCUCGUCUUCCGUGCUCGAGCAUCCACCUUCGCCGUCAUGACCUGGUUCUCCCUCAUUCUCGCCUGGGAGAUCGUCGACACCCGUCGCAGCUUCUUCAACAUGCGUGACGUCGGCACCUGGUACAACCGCUGGUUCAAAACCACCUGGGGCCAAAACAAGUUCCUCUUCAUCUGCGUCGUCGGUGGCUUCUUCUCUGUUUUCCCUCUGCUCUACAUUCCCGUUCUGAACGACGUCGUCUUCCUUCACACGGGCAUCACGUGGGAGUGGGGCAUCGUCUUCGUCGCCACGGGCCUGUUCGUCGGUGGUAUCGAAGCCUACAAGUGGGGCAAGCGAGUUUACUACCGAAGAACCCAGGUCGACAACUCGAAGUUGGUCGACGAGGAGCAGCAGAUCGAGGACGUGCAAUCGGCAGGAAAGACCGCCGAUGAGCACAGCAAGACGAUGGUUCCUGCACCGACGUCGUCCACCGAGAAAACGAUGGUGUAG